AUGCACUACGAAGCCCUUAUUAGCCGCUCACUGGAAAAGCCCCAUCAGCCUGGCCGGGGCAUCGACUCGCUGCCGCCCUGCCUGGCAACGCCCUUCCUGAGACCCAACAUGCAAGACAGUGGUAGCCAUGCCCAGAAGACCCCCAAAGGGUCACAGGUCAAACUGAAGGCCCUGGGCUCCAGCCUGGGAAACCUGCAGCCAGACAUACCCAGCCAGACAGCUGCCACCUCCUUCCCGUCUCCCACACCCACGACCAUGGCCUUCACCCCAGCACCACAAGAGGAGGACGCAUCCUCCCGACCCCAGUUCUGCAAGUGGCCAUGUGAAUGCCCGCCAUCUCCACCCCGCUGCCCACUGGGGGUCAGCCUCAUCACGGAUGGCUGUGAGUGCUGUAAGAUGUGUGCCCAUCAGCUUGGGGAGAACUGCACAGAGGCUGCGGUCUGUGACCCCCAUCGGGGCCUGUACUGUGACUACAGCGGGGACCACCCGAGGUACGCAAUAGGAGUGUGUGCACAGGUGGUCGGCGUGGGUUGUAUCCUGGAUGGAGUGCGCUACAACAACGGCGAGUCUUUCCAGCCUAAUUGCAAGUACAACUGCACCUGCAUCGAUGGCACCGUGGGCUGCACCCCGCAGUGUCUCAGCGUGCCACCCCCGCGUCUCUGGUGCCACCGCCCUCGGCGAGUGAACGUGCCUGGCAGUUGCUGUGAGCAGUGGGUUUGCGAGGACGAUGUGAGGAGGCCGCGCAAGGCCACACCCCGUGACACCGCUGCCUUUGUGGUUGCAGGCGAUGUGGAACCAUGGCACAGUAAUUGCAUAGCCUACACAAGCCCUUGGAGCCCCUGUUCUACCAGCUGUGGCUUGGGUAUCUCAACUCGGAUCUCCAAUGCCAACGCCCGGUGCUGGCCCGAGCAGGAGAGCCGUCUGUGCAACCUGCGGCCCUGUGACAUGGACAUCCGCUCUCACAUCAAGGCAGGGAAAAAGUGUCUGGCAGUGUACCAACCUGAGGAACCCAUGAACUUCACCCUCGCAGGCUGUGUCAGCACCCGUUCCUACCAACCCAAAUACUGUGGGGUCUGCACGGAUGGCAGGUGCUGCAUACCCUACAAGUCCAAGACCAUCGAUGUCUCCUUCCAGUGUCCCAGUGGGCCUGGCUUCUCCCGCCAGGUGCAGUGGAUUAAUGCUUGUUUCUGCAACCUGACCUGCAGGAAUCCCAAUGACAUCUUUGCCGACUUGGAAUCCUAUCCUGACUUCACAGAAAUUGCCAAUUAGGCAGG